AUGGGUAACACCUUCGGCGGACCUACUUUCCAAUUACCCCUUGAACACCUGUUUAUAGGGUUUGACGGUUCUAGCAUCGAGUUCCACGAACGUCUCUUGGAAGACAGCACGACAGGUGGCGACAACGCCAUGAGGUUCUUACAAGAAACUUUAACAGCCAUCUUCCCCACUCUCACCGCUAAUGCCGAUAGCGGGAUACAUAUCAUCAUAGCGGGAGGUAUGAUAGAGAUACAUACACCUGGAGGAGGAGGGGAAGGGACGGCUUUACCGAAGUUAGGUAGAGGGGAUGCUGUUCCUGAAACCCAUGCGAUCUUCGUUCUUCCCCAUUCGUGUUGGCCGCCUGACUUCGUGACUGGUCUGAAAAAUCGGACAGGAAGCGUUUCGAUCGAGGCUCGAGUGGACAGACCUUCUAUAGAAACUCUAAUAGAUGUUUGCUCGAAACAAUGGGCCGGUCCGAAAUCGAAGACGACUUUGACAGUGUUGGUGACUGAAAACUUGAAGGGACUCUUACCUCGAUUACCAAAAGCUCGCCGUAAGCUGAUAAAACGUAAAGGUAGUCUCCUCAUUUUGAAAGGUACAACAGACCACGAUCCCGCCGCUAAACAACUUGGGGUCACAGUCAUCAGCAUGCCCGAGAUCUUCCAAUGA